AUGAAGAUCUGCUCCUUGGCCCUGCUCACCCUGCUGCUGGCAGCUCCCUGGACUGGAAGUCAGGGCAUGUCCCUCCGCACAUCCCAUGCCAUGUGCUGCCACAAGGGCAUGUUCAUCAGGCGGGAAAUCCCUGCAUCCAAAAUCAAGAGCUACCAGAACACGCCUUCCCUCUGCUCCCGCAAGGCUGUGAUUCUGAAGCUGGAGAAGGGGACGGUCUGUGUGAAUCCAGAGGUGAGCUGGUUCCAGAAGUACCUGAAGGAAAAGAAGCUAAUCAACACCUCCAUGUGA